UAAAUAUGGCAGAGCUUUCCGAGACAGAAGGACCAGUAGAUUGGAAAGAACGAUGCGUAGCCCUGGAGUCCCAACUCAUGAAAUUUAGAGUUCAAGCAAGCAAGAUAAGAGAGCUCCUAGCAGAGAAGAUGCAACAGCUUGAGAGACAAGUUAUUGAUGCUGAACGUCAAGCAGAAAAAGCUUUUCAACAGGUACAAGUUAUGGAAGAGAAAUUAAAAGCAGCUAAUAUUCAAACCAGUGAAUCAGAGACAAGGUUAUAUAAAAAGUGUCAAGAUCUGGAGACCCUGAUACAGGAAAAAGAUGAUAUCAUACAAAACUUGGAACUGCAACUUGAAGAGCAGAAACAAAUAAGGAUACAAGAAGCUAAAAUUAUAGAAGAAAAAGCAGCUAAGAUCAAAGAAUGGGUAACACUUAAGUUAAAUGAGCUGGAAUUGGAGAAUCAGAAUCUUCGUUUGAUCAACCAAAACCAAACCGAAGAGAUAAGAACAAUACAGUCAAAACUACAAGAAGCUCAAGGGAAGAAGUCAUCCAGUGUUUCCACACCAAAGCUUUCGGAGGGCCAGCGCCUAAGCAGUUUGACCUUCGGGUGCUUUUCAUCCCGAGCGAGGAGUCCUCCUCAAGUAGUAAAAUCUGAGGAAAUGAGCAAGAUACCAUCUAAAGAACCUGAGUUCACUGAAGGAAAAGACAUAGAAGAAAUGGAAAUUACAGAGAAGUCUGUCGAUAACCACAUUCAAGAAAACAGCCGAGGUCAGAGAACUUUGCGUCAAACCCCUUGUGGCUCAGAGCAGAAUCGGAAAUCAAGAACAAGCCUCGCGACAGAGGGCGGCAUCUCCCAGAAUUCUGGGGCUCCCGGGAGUGACUGGAGUUCCGAUGAGGAAGACGGGAGCAAAGGAAGAUCCAAGUCCAGGUACAUGUCCACCCUGUCCAGCCACACGUCAGAGGAAGGGGUCCAGUGUAGCAGGAUGGGCAGUGAAACCUAUCUGACAGCGUCCGAUGACAGCAGUUCUAUAUUUGAAGAAGAGACUUUCGGCAUAAAGAGACCAGAGCACAAGAAGCUGUAUUCUUGGCAGCAGGAAGCACAGUGGAAAGCUCAGAAUAGUCUUCUUGGAAAGGGAAAUCCUGAGUCGAGUAAAAAGGAGCACGAUAGUUCCUCAGAUGAACUGAAUAAAAAAUUUCAGUCUCAGAGGCUGGAUUAUUCAUCGUCAUCGAGUGAGGCUAACACCCCAAGUCCGAUUUUGACCCCAGCUUUGACUCCAAAGCAUCCUAACCUACUGCCUGGAAAAGGAACCCAAUUAGUGCCUUCAUCCAACCUGCCACCCCCCAAGUUAAGGAUUCCUAAUGUUUUCAGUAUAAGUGUAGCACUGGCCAAAAGGCACCUAAGCCAGCCGCAGUUAAGUUCCGAUAGGAUGUUUGGUACCAACAGAAAUGCCAUAAGCAUGAUCCGGCCACUGAGACCCCAGGAAACAGAUUUGGAUCUGGUGGAUGGCGACAGUACAGAAGUUUUGGAGAAUAUGGACACCAGUUGUGACGACGGAUUGUUCUCCUAUGACUCCCUGGAAUCCCCGUGUUCAGAUGACCAAGAAAGCUGUGACUCAGCAAAGAAGGCGGCGUGCAGCAAACCUCCGACUCCUCCCCUGCACCGUUUUCCCUCCUGGGAAAGCAGAAUUUAUGCUGUGGCCAAAUCAGGCAUUCGAAUGUCUGAGGCCUUCAAUAUGGAGAAUGUUAAUAAAAAUUCUGUUGCAAUGCUUUCCUAUACCACAUCAGGACUUUAUACAUCUCUGAUAUACAAGAAUAUGACAACUCCAGUGUAUACAACAUUGAAGGGGAAGGCGACCCAGAUAAGCAGCAGCCCGUUCCUGGAUGAGUCCUCUGGAUCAGAGGAAGAAGAGAGUUCCAGAUGCAGCUCCCGGACCUCAGAGUCUGACACGCGCAGCCGGAGUGGGCCAGGAAGCCCCAGAGCCAUGAAGCGAGGUGUGUCUCUGUCUUCUGUGGCUUCUGAAAGUGACUAUGCUAUCCCCCCAGAUGCUUACUCCACAGACACCGAGUGCUCACAGCCGGAGCAGAAGCUCCCUAAAACUUGCUCGUCUUCCAGUGAUAACGGGAAAAACGAGCCACUGGAAAAAUCUGGCUAUUUAUUAAAAAUGAGCGGUAAAGUCAAGACUUGGAAGCGGAGAUGGUUUGUUCUGAAAGGUGGUGAAUUACUUUACUACAAAUCUCCGAGUGAUGUAAUUAGAAAACCCCACGGCCAUAUUGAACUUAGUGCAUCCUGCAGUAUUUUAAGAGGAGAUAACAAACAAACAGUCCAGUUGACCACUGAAAAGCACACAUACUAUCUGACUGCAGAUUCUCCCAAUAUAUUGGAGGAAUGGAUUAAGGUGUUACAGAAUGUUCUUCGAGUACAAGCUGCCAACCCGCUUUCCCUGCAGCCUGAGGGCAAACCAACGGUGAAGGGCCUGCUCACGAAGGUGAAGCACGGCUACUCCAAGAGAGUCUGGUGUACACUAGUAGGAAAAACGUUAUAUUAUUUUCGCAGUCAAGAAGAUAAGUUGCCUUUAGGUCAGAUCAAACUCUGGGAGGCUAAAGUUGAAGAGGUUGACAGAUCCUGUGAUUCAGAUGAAGAUUAUGAAGCCAGUGGGCGAAGUCUGUUAUCCACACAUUACACCGUCGUGAUCCACCCCAAAGACCAAGGUCCCACUUACCUCCUGAUUGGGUCCAAGCAUGAAAAGGACACUUGGCUUUAUCACCUGACCGUUGCAGCUGGAAGUAACACUGUAAAUGUUGGAUCUGAAUUUGAACAACUCGUUUGUAAAUUGCUAAAUAUUGAAGGAGAACCUUCCUCUCAGAUAUGGAGACAUCCUACUUUGUGUCACAGCAAGGAAGGAAUUGUUUCCCCUCUGACAACACUGCCUUCUGAAGCUCUACAGACAGAGGCUAUUAAAUUAUUUAAGACCUGCCAGCUUUUUAUCAAUGCCGCAGUUGACUCCCCUGCAAUUGAUUACCACGUAUCGCUAGCCCAGAGUGCUUUGCAGAUCUGCCUGACACAUCCUGAGCUACAGAAUGAAAUUUGCUGUCAGCUCAUUAAACAGACAAGACGGAGACAGCCACAGAGCCAACCAGGACCGUUGCAGGCCUGGCAGCUCUUGGCGCUCUGUGUUGGGCUCUUCCUUCCCCAUCAUCCUUUCCUGUGGCUUCUCAGGCUCCACCUUAAGAGGAAUGCAGAUUCCAGGACAGAAUUUGGAAAAUAUGCCAUUUAUUGCCAGCGAUGUGUAGAAAGAACACAACAAAAUGGAGAUCGGGAAGCCAGACCCUCAAGAAUGGAAAUCCUUUCGACCCUUCUUCGAAAUCCUUAUCAUCACUCUUUGCCCUUCAGUAUCCCUGUGCACUUCAUGAAUGGGAUCUAUCAGGUCGUUGGAUUUGAUGCAUCCACCACAGUGGAAGAAUUUCUGAACACUUUGAACCAGGAUACAGGAAUGAGGAAGCCAGCCCAGUCUGGAUUUGCCUUGUUCACCGAUGAUCCUUCUGGCAGGGAUUUAGAGCAUUGUCUUCAAGGAAACAUCAAGGUAAAACCAAGUCCCUUUAAGGAGGCACACCCAGCAAGCGACAAAGAAGCUAUUAUUUGCUAUUUGCAACAAGUUAGGUUAAAGAUGGAAUUAAUAGGUUUUAAGCUUGUUCUCAGAGAUGACCAUUUACUGUAUUUCUCCAUGCAAGCUCGUGGAGAGACUGAUAGAGAGAAGUUGCUGUUAAUGUAUCAGACAAACGACCAAAUAAUAAACGGACUUUUCCCUCUGAACAAGGACCUGGCAUUGGAAAUGGCGGCCCUGUUAGCUCAGGUGGAGAUUGGAGAUUUUGAAAGACCUUUUUCAACCCCAGCAGGCCAUGUUACUAAUCAGUGCAAAGCAAACCAAACUCUAAAACAAGUCAUAGAGAAAUUUUACCCUAAAAGGUAUAGAGAUGACUCCUCUGAAGAGCAGGUAAGGCAGCUUUGCCAGCGACUAUCAACCAGAUGGAUGGCCCUCCGGGGACACAGUGCUGCUGAUUGUGUGCGAAUUUAUUUGACAGUAGCCAGGAAGUGGCCAUUCUUUGGUGCCAAGUUGUUCCUUGCAAAACCCAUAACUCCAUCAUCACUUGGAAAUACUUUCCUGUGGCUGGCUAUACAUGAGGAUGGUUUAAGCAUCUUAGAAUACAGCUCCAUGAGGUUAAUAGUCAGCUAUGUGUACAAGAGUCUAAUGACAUUUGGAGGAUAUCAAGAUGACUUUAUGAUGGUCAUUAGCAAUACACAUUCAAAGGACAAACCAACAGAGAAAUUACUUUUUGCCAUGGCAAAACCCAAGAUUCUUGAAAUCACGCUUUUGAUCGCCAGUUACAUAAACAACUUCCAUCAGCAAAAGGCUGCGUUUCACCACCUCUCUGCUCCAGCGCUGCUCUCAGCCCGGAACCAGGGACCCCACGCCAGGACGAUGGGAAGCCAGCCCCUGCUCUCAAGCAGCAGACCAACCAAAGGCCCCACUUUACUCUGAAAGUGUGGGGGGCCUGAACAUCACUCCCUGUCCUCUAAGCAGUGGCUGCAUCCGCUCCAAAUAAGUUUAUUUACAUCCUGGCAACAUGGCACUCACAUACUUGUAUUCCAGAUUUUAAAAAUAAUGGAGGUUAUUUGUUUUAUUUUAUUCAUAAAUAUUCAAAUGAAUACUAAUAACACAUAACACACAAAAUUUGCACACAUACUGAUGUUUUCCUGGAUUAAAUGGGUUAGAAUUUGUAAUUUUUUUCUGUCUCCCUUCUCCCUUGCUAUCAGACACAUCAUGCAAUAUGUUUUUUUUAUUUUUUCUUCUUCUUCUUUUAAAAAACAUUCUGGCAAUCUUUAGAAAGGGAGAUUCCAAACUCUCAUUUGGCAAAUGAGUUGAAUAUUUGGAAAUACUGCCAAAAAGCUAAGUACUGUAAUUAAAUGUAUUUUAAUUAAUGUGUUUGGAAAGAAGUGGAGUGCAGAGUGUAAGAAACAGCUGCAGGAUGGUGUUUAUGUAUAAAUUUUUGGAGCAAGUUCAGUAAAUCUUCUGGCCCGAUGAAUCAUUGUAUGAGAAAACAGGAGUUAGGUAACCAGAACUUCCUAUGUAAUAUUAGGAAGCAUACACCGUCAGCUUUCAGAUCACUAGAGUGUAAAAUUUAAAACGAGACAGUGAUUCCUGACAUUCCUUGGUUGUCAACAGAGCCUGCGUUUACUGGAAUAUUGCCCACAUUUCAUUGCAUUUGAUGCUGGGCCAUCUUGACCUUGGUUUGUUAAAUAAUAUCGUUGAAAACAAAGACAGUUCUUAAAUUUUUGCCUCAUACAGUCCUUUUUCAUGGUAGUUUGAAAAUAAAUUCCCAAAAAAUCCUAUAUAAUAAAAGUCUAAUAUGCAAAUCAAAGA